CCUCGCGUUGCCUCCCCACCAAGCAUCACCACGCAUUCGACGCAGGCGCGCAGGGAAGCACGGGGGCAGGAAAAAGAGCACGAACUAUUUGCAGCGGCAGAGGCUGCUGGCGAGGAGGAAGACUCCCGAUCUCGCCGGAGUCGGCGGAGCGCACGCUCCCCUUUCCUUCGGCGUCGCCGUCGUCGAGCGGCCGCGCGUGUAGCCGCUGGGAUCGCUCGCUAGCCGGUGGCGCUCGGCGACCGACGCGGUAGGGGCCCGGGGAGACAGCCUGCGCGCGGGAGAAGAGAUCGAUGGGGGGAGCGGGGCACGGCGUGCAUUUCUUGGACGCGUGCUUCCUCUGCCGGAGGCCGCUCGCCGGCAACCGCGACAUCUUCAUGUACAGAGGGGACACGGCGUUCUGCAGCGACGAGUGCCGGAGCGCGCAGAUGGCGGCGGACGAGGCAGCGGAGAGGAAGGAGAGGGCCAGCGCCAAGGCGGUGGCGCAUGGGGCCCUGCCCGCCAGGGAAGCGGAAGGCCCGCAGGAGCGCAGCGGCAAGGUCCGGGCCGGGUCCAUCCUGGCCCUGUAACCAGAAACUUCUCUCGAAUCUAAGCACGGCAUUUUCUUUUCUUUUUUGCCCCCCUUCCUUUCCAUUCCAUGUAGGAGUAUUUCUCUACCUUUACGAAACGCACCACCGGAGGGUCGCCACCUUCAUGUACACGGACGGGUUUGUGUUUUUUGAUGAUGAAAACCCCUUGGGACCAUCCGGCUGUGUGUGGUGGUUGCUGUUUUUUUUUUUCCUUUUGGUGUGCUGGUUGCUUAGCUUGGUGAUCCAUGAUGUAUGCAUACUGCACCCACGUACCUUGUCAUGCAUGGAGGUAGUAGUAUUAUUGGUUAGUCUAACGAUGAGGAAAUAAUAAAGGUGGCUACUGCAGCACAA